ACAUCGAGAUUGUAUCUCUCGCAUUCUUUCGCCACAAUCCAGGCGACUAGACCCCUCACUCAUUCCCUACCGUAUCCUGAUUGGUCACUUUGCUAUGUAUUAUUGAUGGUUACAUUAUCUGGAGUAUGGGAGAUUUUAUGUAUUUAA